AUAGAUAACACACAUAUUUAUGUUACGUGGUAACUAUUAAAAUAAUCUGUGUAUUUAAGAAUCGGUGCAAAUUUUGAUAAUCACCGUAUUUCUUGAUGCCCUUUUCUUACGUUGAAAAUUUUGCAAAAUAUUGUAAAUAAAAUAAUAAAUGGAAUUGUUUAUUAUAUGAACAAUACAGAAUGUCGAAUAAACACGGACACACGUCUAAUACUACAGUACAAAAUCAGCUAAUACGAUGGAUAAACGAUACUGGAAUGGCGGAAGGAAACAAAAAAGCAGGCUUAUUGAGAAAAGUCAUAGAAGUUCUGCUACAUCAAGGCUCGCAAAUGAUUCCAGUAUACAUGGAGAAUAUACUAAGCUACAUCAGCGAUAAAAAUACAGACGUAAAGAAGCAGGUCGCGUAUUUUGUUGAAGAGUUGAGUAAAAGUCACCCUGAACUUCUUCCCAAGAUUGUCGCUCAGUUGCGUCUCCUACUCCUUGACCCAGUCAUUGCGGUGCAGAAGAGGGCCAUCCAAGCAGCCAGUAUACUGUACCGUAAUACGUUAAUGUGGAUCUGUAAAGGUGACGCUGAAGUAUCGGAAAUGAAACAUGUAUGGGAACAUUUAACUGAAUUAAAGUUGAUGGUUUUAAACAUGAUCGACAGUGAGAAUGAAGGUAUCAGAACGCAUUCCAUUAAGUUCCUGGAAGAGGUUGUGCUCCGGCAAAGUCCCGGUGACAUUGUUGAUGCUGAAUCCAGCUUGGAUAGUCUACCAUCAGAUGUUCCUUUUAUCAAUAGAAAAGCUCUCGAAGAGGAAUCUGACCAUAUCUUCAAACUACUGGUCAAAUUUCAUAAUUCACAGCACAUAUCAAGUGUAAACCUGAUGGCUUGUAUGACAACGCUAUGUUCUUUAGCAAAAUUCCGUCCUAAAUACUUGCCCCGAGUCAUACAAGCACUAGGCGAUCUUCACACGACACUACCUCCAACUCUAUCGCAGUCUCAAGUCAAUUCAGUCAGGAAACAUCUCAAAAUGCAGAUAUUGAAUUUAAUAAAACAAUCAACUUCUAAUGAGAUGAUGCCGCAGUUGACACAAUUGCUAAUUGAUAUCGGAAUGACAGCACAAGAGAUUAAUAAGGCGGUACCGAAAGAGAAAAGAAACAAACGCUUAGGGGAAAUUAGGAAUGGGGAUACACCAUCUAAACGGUUCAGAAUCGAUUCACCUCAAAGUAAUAGUCAAGGUAGCGACAGUAACAGCCGUAGUGAAUUCAUGUAUGACGAUGACAGCCAGUCAAGCAUCACGAAGCCUUCGGCAACAGAAGACAGUAUCCUCGAAGGCUUAAAUUCUGUGGACAAUGUUGUUAAUCUUGUCAUGAAAACAUUGCAGAAUUGUCUACCAGAUAACAUGCCGCCCUCGUUCACAAAUGAUUACAAGCCAAUACCUAACUCUGGUAGCAAAGUACAAAAGAAGAACUUGGCUAAAAUGUUGAUGAGCUUAAUAAGAGGUGAAUCAGAAAAUACACAAAUAGUUACACAAUCAAUGGAGGUAGAUACACAACCUAACCAGACAGUAUUACAACAGAGCUUAUCCGAUAUAGCUGCGAAAAUACCGUUAAUAAGGGAAGAUGAUGAGAAAACUACCCUCAAAAAUGCUGUAGCUAAAUUACAAGAGUCAACAAAAGACAGGCAGAUAGAGAGUGCGGUUUCUAAACUAAUGGAAGAAACGAGACAGGAACAUUUGAAGGAGGAAGAGAGGAAAGCAAAGGAGAAAGAGAAACCGGUUCCUCCACCUACUCCGACGGUGCCUAAACUGAAACAGAAAGUGAAGCUAUUGAAACUACAGGAAAUAACACGGCCCAUCCCAAAAGAAAUAAAGCAAAAGUUGAUACUGCAGGCCGUUGAGAGGAUUUUAAAUGCGGAAAAAGACGCCGCUAUCGGUGGAGCCGAACAGAUCCGGGCCAAAUUCAUCACGAUAUUCGCUUCGAGUUACACGCCGGAAACGCGCGAUCUAGUACUGAAUUACAUUUUAGACAAUCCCGCCGAGCGCAUCAACCUCGCUUUGAAGUGGUUAUAUGAAGAAUACGCAUUCAUGCAGGGCUUUAACCGACAUCCGGUGACCCUACAACCGAAACUGCACGAGAAGCACGAUCAAAACUACAACCAGUUGCUCUGUGCUCUGGUCACCCAGAUAUCCGAGAGAGGCGACCCUGUCAUGGAAGGAUGCAAAGAUGUUUUACUAAGGAAGAUAUAUUUGGAGAGUCCGGUGAUCACGGACGAGGCCCUGGAUUAUUUGAAGCACUUGGUCACUGAAGAUCAGGUGGCUCUGCUGGCUUUGGAGUUGCUAGAGGAAUUGUGUUUGAUGAGACCACCUCGGGCACACAAAUAUGUGACAUCGUUGGUCUGUCAUGUUUUGAGCGAAAAUGAGGAAAUCCGCGAUAUAGCUUUGAAAGCUACCAUCAAAGUUUACAAACGUGGCUCAGAAGCUGUUAAGAAAGUCAUCGAGAAACACGCUCUCCUGUACUUAGGGUUCAUAUCGUUGAAUCAUCCGCCCCCUGAACUUUCAAGCACCAGAACUAGGAUCAUGUGGAAUGAGAAUUUACAUAAGCUGUGCUUGAAUUUAGUUGUGGCGCUCUUCCCAGAAAAAGAAGGACUACUGAUGGAAAUAGCAAGGAUAUACGGCAGCUCCGGUGCAGAGGCGAAGCGCGUUGUACUGCGAACCAUCGAGGGUCCGAUCCGGGCGAUGGUGUCCAAGGACCUGCCCGACAACGAGUUCGACGAGGACGACGCCACGCUGCGCCCCGCCUUCAGGGAACUGCUCGAGAACUGUCCCCGAGGAGCAGAGACUCUGCUCACCAGACUAGUGCAUAUACUGACCGAGAAAGUGCCUCCAACAGCCGAACUAGUGUCGAAAGUACGAGACAUAUACGCCACCAGAGUGUCCGACGUUAGAUUCUUGAUCCCCGUGCUCACCGGACUGUCAAAGAGAGAGAUCGUGGCAGCCCUACCGAAACUAAUCAAGCUCAACCCUGCCGUCGUGAAGGAGGUGUUCAACAAGCUGUUGGGAAUCAACGGCACGUACGACGAGCAGUCGCCCGUGUCACCAGCGGAACUGCUGCUAGAGCUGCACCUCAUCGACCCUGAGAAGGCGGACCUGAAGUACAUCAUAAAGGCGACGGCUCUGUGCUUCGCCGAGAAAAACAUUUACACGCAAGACGUCCUGGCAGCAGUAUUGCAGAGGCUGGUCGAGGAGCCGAAGAUCCCUGUUCUGAUGAUGCGGACCGUGCUGCAGAGCCUCACCCUGUACCCCGCCCUCAGUCCGCUCGUCAUGAACAUCCUGCAGCUGCUAAUUGAAAAGGAGGCGUGGCUGAACAAGGUGGCGUGGGAGGGCUGGAUCAAGAGCUGCGAGCGGCUGAUGCCGGCAUCGUUCGGUCUGCUGACGUCCCUGCCGGCGGCGGCGCUGGGCGGGCUGCACAAGGCGCCGGGGCUGCUGGGCGGCCUGCGCGCGCACGUGGCCGCCCUGCCGCCGGAGCGCCGCGCCGCGCUGCCGCCGCACGUCGCCGCGCUGUGCCACCAGACAGACACCCAAUAUCCAGCGUCGCAAGUCACAAUGAGCCAGCCUAACCUGAUCCCCGAACAGAACCCAAUCGAGCCCCUACCCCCAGGAAUGGAGUAAUAAAUAAUUAAAUAGCCAAUUUGUAAAUCCAGCCUAGUAAUAUCUUACCGCUAGUGUCUUCGUAACAUAUUGGAUUUAUCAUGUUAUUUGAUUUGAAUAUAUCGAAAGCUAUAUGUCGUCGUUGCAAUUUAAAAUCUAUCUGACAUUGUGGGCCAAAAUGAUUUUUUCAUAUAUUGUGAAAAUUAUUUUGAAUGCCUAUAAUAUAUACUCAGCAAAAACUCUCAUGUACAUAUCUCAAUGUGUAUUUCACUUUAUUACGCGUCAAUCUUAAAAAAUCCUAAAUGUUGGUUUGAAUUUUGUUGUAGAUCAAAGUAUCCUAUGUGCAAAUAUAAUAUUUGUUUUUUUUUUUUCAGAAGGUAGUUUUAUUAGAUUUUAUCGAAAGCUACAUUUAUACACAUAGGAGAUUUCAAAUUGGCAACGACGAUGUGCUAAUUGUACUUAGAAAUUAUUGGACCAAAGUGUACGAAGCAUUCUGAGUUGGUCAGAAUCAAGUGUUCCGUGAAAAUUUAACCUACUAGUACUCAUUCAAAGAUUUUAUAAGCUCUACAGCAAGCAAUGCUUUUUCUAGAAGUGUUGACAAUGUAAUUGCUGCUCAUAAUGCUAACAUUACAGUACUAGUGUCAGAAUUUACAAGCAAAAAUAUAAUUAUGUAUAUUUAAAGCUAGAUUUUUUACAUUUGUACAGUUGAAAAUCUUAAAUUAAUAAACGUGGUACUACCGUGGUGAACAUGCUAAGCGACGGCACUGUACAAAUCACAAUUAAAGUUUUCCAGGCCACCCAUUGUAAAUGAAAUAUUGUAGUAUUGUAUGUAAUCAGUGUGUUUAGUGUGAGUUUUUUAACGUUCUCGAUAGCGUGAAAGUUAACUUAUAUUUGUAUGGAGUUGGAACAGCGCCCCUAGCGGCAAACGCAGGCAAACAUUCCAACUCCAUACAAAUUUGAGUUAACUUUUACGCUAUCGAGAACGUUAAAAAACUCGCCCUAAAGCCCACAGCAUAUAGGAUAUAUUUUUAACCGGUCAAAAAACCUUGUCCUCUCAAGUUCCACUCCUACCACUCACAAUUCGGAGAUCCUCCAAAUAUGUACGACUGGUUUUUUUUUUUUGAAAUAAAUAUAUAUGGAAUUUUUCUAGAAAAUAGAAAGUUUGUAAAUAUAUUUUUAUGAGUAUCACUUGUAAUUCGGCGACAUAUGUGAAUUGAGUAUGUUAAGUUUUAAAAAUAAAAUAUUUGAGGUUAUAUUGA